CGAAAUGAAGAACUAAAAGCUAGGUAAAAAAUGAAAGUUCCAAGUUGGCAAUUUGGUUUUGUGAAAAAGCAGAUUUUCCAACAUUUCCGUGUUAUCCUGUGAAUAUUUGUUACUGUUUUCACAUGAAAGAAUGUUUGUUUAAGUGAUAGAAUUGUGAAGAGAGAAAGAGAAGAGUCGGUUAGUAGGUGAAGAAAAAUGUCUUGGCAACCGGGGCUUCCGCCCCCGCAAUCUACGCAGUCUGUGCCACUGGUGCCCCCCUAUAAUCAGCAGCAGUCGCAGCAGUGGCACCAGGCGCCUCAGCAGGUGACACCAACACCGGGACAUUUGUGGCAGGGGAACACCGGCAACCCUGGGUGGACUGACCUGCAACGUCAGCAAGUUCCCGGCAGUCAAACACAUCAGCAAAUUAACACGUCAACCGGUGGAUCGUCUUAUCAGACGCAGAACAUGACAUCGAAGCACUUUCAGGCUGCGGAAGCCUUUGAAAGCACCGGGGAUGCUUGGGGUGAUUGGGAUUGGAAUGACAACCAGCAGCAACCGCAGCAGAAUUUUAUGCAGCAGCAGCAGCACCAUCAGAAUGUUUCAGUGCAGCCGCAGAGCCUCCCAAUGCAGCAGCAAAGCCUCCCCCUAAUGCAGCAGCCGCAGAGCCUUCAGGCACAUCAAAAUUACCAACCUUUUCCGCAGCAGGCACCUCCAGUUCAGAGUCCCAACAAUAAUACAAAUAGAUUUGUACCUCCUGUACAGGAUGUAAAUCGCGGCAGUCCCUUCAGUCCGCCUCUGAAUCAAUUCCAGCAGGUGCAGCAAGCGCCACAGAAUCACUUCAAUCCAUCGCUGCCCAACACCCAAGGAAACUUCCAAUCCUUUGUCCAACCGCCGUCAAUCAAUCAGAAUGUCAUUGAAGAUAGCUUCUCAACGGAUCAAGGCAAUUGGAAUUGGGGUAUGGAAGCAGCAAAGGCAUCUCCACAGCCACAGGAAGUCGUGGAGAAUCAGCAGAUGCCCGAAAAUUUAGCCAGUCUACCUGAUGAUGCAAAAAAUACUCAAGCAACUAUUCCCAAUCCUCUCCUGUCGCGCGUCAUUAAAAGUGACCACCAGUUGACGCCGCAAUGGUCGACGGAGAGUCAAAUGUCGCAUUCAUCGAGUGAUCGUUCCGGGGAGAGUGAGAAUUUGGAUUCCCGGAGCAGCAAUACAACGUCAGAGGAGCCACAAAAUGACUCCAGUCGUUCGUAUUCACCCAAAAAGGGAGGAGAUUUCAAUCACCAAGAACCCGAUAAGCUCGAUGAGACUCUCAUGGCACUUGCAGCUCCCGCGAAAGUGGAUACCCCGAAGAGUCCUCCGCUUCUUGAGAGACAAACUCAAUCCCCCGGAGUACUUCCUACACCGCCACCAGCUGCAAUUGUACAGCGUUCCUCACCGGGACCUCCACCGGCGGCAAGUGCACCACCACCACGAUCAUCUCCCGGCCCUCCGCCUCCAUCUGGCUCUGGACAGAGAUCUAGCGAGAGGAAUCCAUUCAAGAGAUCCGGAAUGCCCGUACACAAGACCCUGCAAUUCCAGACUGUACCCAAAUCAGCGGUGACAGCUCCCAAGCCCGCAGCAGCACCGGAGAACUUCUUUCAACCCCUCCCAGUAGUGGCUCAGGAGGCUGUGAAUCAGGAAAAUCUCAUUCCGGACAAUGCAGAAGUCAUCCCCGUGGCGGCAAAUCAAUUUCCACCCGCGCGAUCGGGACAGGAGGUGGAAAAUCACGAAAUUGCCCCAAAUAAUGAUCGGAAUCAAUUUCUCGAAACGGGACAUCUGGCUGAGGAGCAUCUCAACACACCUGCUCCAACAACGAGUUCUCCACCUUCCGAAGCAGUGGACAGCCUUCCCCCGCCGGGACUUUCGCGGUAUGUUCUCGGGGAGCCUGAGGUUCGAUCCACGGGGGGUUUAGAUGUUUCCGAACCCCCACCGGGACUCGAUCGAAUGGUACCAGGAACGGAUUUGGCGAAUGCAUCGAAUUUGAGCAUGGAACGCCAAGCAGAUGGGCAGGUGUCGAAUUUACUUUCAUCCACGCGACGGAUGGUGCAGCAAGUGCCUGAUAGUGCCCCGAGUUUGACUGAGAGAAAUUUGUAUUUGGCAUCGGGUGAAAGUGAUCAUCAGCCACAGAGUCAGCGUGUUGUUACGGGAGAUGAGAGUGGACGUGUGACACACACCUUUACACCCAUUGUCCAAGCACGCGAUCAUGAGAUUGCCAUUGGCGAUCAGAGGCGCGAUCUCGAGGUGGACGGAGAGAAUCUGCAGGAUCAACCACAGCGAAUUGAUCGGUUGCGCGAUGAACCCAUCGAGGGGGCGAAUACCGGUGAUGAUGAUCAGGCGAAUGCUGCUGUGGGAAAUAAUGCCACAGAAGCGGAAUCCGUUGCAACUGACACGGGAGGACGGAAGGAUACAUCGAAUGUGUCCACGUGUGACGAUAGUGACAAAGAUCGCAACUACUACAAGUCUAAUCGCGGCCGACGGAAGGAGAAGGAGCGAUAUGAUUCGGAAGAUUCGGAAUAUACGAGUGAUCACGGGAGGCGGCGGUAUAGGGAGGGCAGCAAUCGAGAUGAUCGCUACGAGAGAGAUCGUGAUAAGUACGGGAGGUAUGAUGGUCGUGAUGGAGGAGGACGAUACUCCUCGCGUGAAGAAUACAACCGUCGUCGUGAUGAUCGAGAUGACAUUGAUUCGCGUCGUGAUGAAAAGGGGCGCAAAUACAGAAGGGAAUACGAUAGAGAUCGCCGAGAUGAUAGGCGCAAAGAUGAUCGCUACAGAGAUCGCGAUGAGAAAGAUCGUGAUCGCCGUAGGGGUAGGAGAUAUGAGUACGAUGAAGAUUACGCGAGAAGAGAUCGCGAUCGAGACAUGGAGAGGGAUAGAGAUCGUCGCAAAGAUGAUCGCUAUCGUGAUGAGAAAGAUCGCGAUCGUAGGCGUCCAGAUCGCAGGUAUGACUACGAUGAUGCAUACCAUAGGAGUGGCAGUAGGAAUACUGAUCGUGAUCGUAUGCGCGAGAAGGAUCCACGUUACAAUCAGCAAGGAUACUAUCAAUCAGGAUACGGCUACGACUACUCCUACUAUUCCCAGCAACAAAUGCAAUACUACGAGGCACUUCGCAGGACUAAUCCUCAAGCUUAUGCUGAGUGGUAUCGCAAAUACUAUGCUCAGAUGCAGCCACAAGUAGCUGCGAGUGAUAUCCCAACAGAUGGGAGGGAAUCUGUACAUUCCGGACGUAGUUCAGCAAAUGAUAAGGAGCGGUACAGUCGAUCGAUGCAGCAAUUUUAUCAGCCUGAAUAUCAGCGAUCAUUCAGUCAAACGAAUAACUCCACCAUCAUGGAUGGAAGCUAUGUGGGCGGCAAUUCGGGGAGUUUUCAUCAGCAGCAACCAUCAUCGCUUCCGUAUCAGCAGCCACAAUCGUUCUAUGUACCAAAUUCGGGUCGACAGUUUUAUUCUCAAAGUGACUAUUCCGAAUCCAGAUAUGACAAUUCGUACAACGUGGAAAAAGUAACGGAAGCAGAAGUGGCACGAUUGACACCAAAGAAGUUUACGAAUGAGCACACGAAUGCCUCAUUGUCAGCUGCUGGACUGCUGGUUUGCAUUAAGCCACGUUACACGGCGUCAGGUGUGAGUAAUGUGGUGAAAAUUCUCAAUUUGGGCACGAAUGAUGCCACACGGAAGCUCUUUCACGCCUACCCGGGUCCUCUUGUACGUGGUAUCACGCACAAGAAGACCGUCAUUGAGUUCUGUGAGGAUCAAAUACGCCUUGGACCGCCGUCGGAUACAUUGCGAUCCCGCGGAAACUCAAUGAGUAGCCUUUGCUCACAGCAAUCGGCAAAUAGGGCUUCAUUCACGUUACUCUGGAAUUUACUUAUUCUCCUUCUAAGGCAAAAUGGGAUGGUUGUGGGAACAGAUAUCUCAGAAUUAUUGAUGAAGAAUAAAUCAGAAUUUCCCUACGAUCUCGAUGGCCCGGCAUCGGCUACAAAGACAGCAAGUGGCCGGAAUUCCGUGCAGUCAGAUGCAAAAAAAUCACACGAAGUAAGCGAUGCGGAAGUCGAUGAGAGCGGAGAUGAGCCAGAGAGUCGUAGCAAAUCAUCUGAGGAGCGACAGAGUUUGACGGAAGAGGAUGUAACUGAUAAAUUUCGCAACUAUCUCCUCUAUGGGAAUGUCAAUGAAGCCCUCGAUUGGGCUACGGAUAACAAUUUAUGGGGUCAUGCUCUGUUUCUCGCCUCGAAAGUUGAUCGUCGAUCUCAUGCCAAUGUUAUGAUGAAAUUUGCAAAUAAGCUCCCCCUUUGUGAUCCCCUGCAGACCCUGUAUCAGCUAAUGAGCCUCCGAACACCGUCCUCCGUGACGAGUGCUGUUGAUGAGAAAUGGGGCGAUUGGAGGCCACAUUUAGCCAUGAUUAUCUCAAACACCUCUCAAAAGCCAGAGCUCAAUAUUAAAGCCAUCACGACCCUCGGGGAUUCCCUCUACAAUCGAGGAGAUGUGUUUGGGGCGCAUUUUUGCUACCUCAUGGCUCAGGUGAAUUUCGGAAAGUACCGCAAUGUCAAUCAGGAUUCGUCACAAAUGUCCAAUACGUCAACUUCUCCGCGUCUUAUCCUCCUUGGGUCAUCUCCGCAUCGUCCCUUUAAGCAAUUUGCCACAUCUGAGGCGAUCAUGAUGACGGAGAUCUACGAAUAUGCAUGCACACUGAAUGAUGAGAAGUUCUCAGUGACGGAAUUUCAGCCAUUUAAGUAUAUUUUGGCAUCCCGAAUGCUCGACUAUGGGCUGCAGCUGAAGGCACUUCUGUACAUGGAGCAAAUUUCAAAGCACAUCCAACAAGAUCCAAGCAAAUAUGAAGCUGAUUUCAUUGAGAGGGUCUUUGUGAUGGCUGAUCGUCUCAAGUACUAUGAUCCAAUGCAUGAAAAACUACUCGAUGACACGUCUCCGGAUGCCCAGGAAGGUGCUGCAGAUGGACAAAAUUGGCUCAAUGAUCUUCAAUCGGUGCUACGGCAAUUCAAUAGUGGAGUCCUUUCGUAUCACUCCACAUCGGUGCCGAAUUUGUCUCAGGAUCCACAAGCAAGUAGUACAGGUUAUGCACAACAGCAGGGUAUUGAUUACACAAAAUCCGACAUUGAUGAACAAUUCAGGGAGAUAAAUCAGCAAUUUAAUCAACUUAAUCUUCAGUAUCAGACUGAUCAACAAAUGCAACAGCAGCAGCAACAGAAUCAACCUGUUUCACUUGACUACACAGCACCGGCAAUGAAUCCUUCAGACUAUCAGUCCCAACAGUUGGGGGAUACGUAUCAAAAUCACUACCAUUCAAUGCCCUAUGGGGGUGCUGUUGAUCAGGGAAAUCCAGUGCAAUCAAUGGAUAGUCCCAAUUACUAUGACCCCGCACAGUUUGGCAAUGCCGCAUCACUGGGCCAGCAACAGAAUAUGUCGGAGAAUUCAUCAAAUUUCGACUACUACGGCCAAUCCCAGACAAAUACCGAGCCUCUUCCACCAGCAUCUCAGACACCGUCGAGUGUUGAGGACAAAUGUGGGGAGGAGGACGUGACUGAAAUAAUGGAAUUGCAAGAAUCACCCAAACGGCUAGAGAGACAGCCGGUGGAAGAUAUGCCAAAACCACAAAUAACAAUGCCAAAUUCUUUUUCAAACAAACCCGGCUUCUACGAGGAUACACCGCAGGAGGGUAGGGAGCGGAAGCAAAAUGAUGGGGCCGGAAGCAAGGGUCAGGCAAAUGAGAGUGCUGCGAAGAAGGGAAAGGAAGCAGCAAAGGGCACAGCACAGCACAAUAAUCAAUCAAGUGGAUGGUUUGGUGGGAUUUGGGGAAAGUUCUCUCUCAAGCCCAAAAAUCAAAUGAUCCUUCCUGAUGAUAAGAAUCCCACUAUUGUUUGGGAUCCGGAUAAGAAAAAGUGGGUCAAUACUGAUGGUGAAGCUGAUGAGGCAGAGAGCUUCAAGCCACCACCUAAAAUGGCUGAUUUUGCUGCACCACAAUCAAAUCAUGAGUACUCGGUUCCGCACCCUGAAAAUCUUCCUCAGCAAAUUCCUCAACCAACACCCCAAAGUACUCCAGCCCCAGCAAUAGUCGCGGCCCCUCUACCAUCCACAGAUGGAGCUCCAGUGCCCAAAGGGAACAAUCUUCAAUCAAAUAUGUUUAAAAUGCAGCGAAAUAGAACUUUGAAAAAUUCCUACGUAGACGUUUUCAAUCCAAGUGGUGCCCCAAUGAAGUCAGCUCAACCCGUUAUGGCGCCAACAUUGCCUUCGGUUCCGCAGACUGGCUUUUUCGUUCCUCCAACUGGAAGUGGUGCUAAUUUAUCGUCGGAACAAGCAGAUAAUACACCCCAAUUUUAUAAUCCAAAUCAAUUUGGUAAUUUUCAACAGUAGCCAACAAAUUGCAUAUAAAAAUGACGCAUAGAAAAAAAAUUAUAUAAUCAACAAUUUUCUUAUAAACUUAUAGAGCUGUAGGGCAUCAAUAUUAAGAACUUACCUAGCCGAGGGUUGUGUCUGAAUGUCUGAUGGUUAGGGUGGUUUGUUUUUUUCAUUGCAAACUUUAUUAUUAAAUAUCUUAUUUGAUUUAUUUUAAUUUGUUACAAGAAGGAAGACGUUGAUGCGAAGACUUGAAUAGCCGUUGAGGUGACUUUAGUCGAAUUUAUUCGAACGCUUUUUUGUGAUUUAUCGCGUGUGAGUGUUUUUUUCUGUGUGUGUAUGAGCUCGUCAGUUGGUUGGAAAGAGGGAACUUCAAGUAUUAAGGACAAUUUGGAGGAUUGUUUUCGUUUCUUUUUUUUUUUUCAUUUAAUAUGUUUAAAUUAUGUCUCUGACACAAAAUUAAUAAAUUGUAAAGAAAAAAAAAUAAUCAAAAAAAAAGCUUCAGCAGUCAAUCCAAUAUGGUUUUGGUUGGUAGGAAAAGAAAGCUAUGACAGAGUGUUGAUUUAUUUUUAAAAUGUUGGCCUUUUUUGCAUAUAUUUGUUUACUAUAUUUCCUCCCAAUUUUUUUGUAUAAACUCCCCUGCCCCCAAGAACCCCGGGAGUCAUUGAUAUUGCGCGGUGUUUGAUAAGAUGACUCCAUUGAAGCAUAUUAUAUAUAUAUUUUGUCCUACGGCAAUUACAAUAAAAUUGUGUAUAAGUUAUUCAAUAUUGUGUAGAUAGCACUGGGUUGGAAAUUUAUAUACAUGAAAAAAAUAAAUAUUGCUAUAUAUAAAUUGAAUAAAUAAAAAAUUAAUGUAUACAUAGAUAGAUACAAA